AUGGACGACGGCCAACACGACGGUGUCAUCGAGCAGCAUGCUUCUGUCGCCGAUAAUAAAUUGGACAGGCAGGCGUCCCGUCAACUUGAUCACCAACGGUCUCGCGAGGCUCGUUUCCAAAAUGACUUGGCACACCUUGUUCCAAGCCGGUGGUGGUUCGCAUCCUCUGCUUUCCCAAUGAUUGCUGCUACCCUUGGCCCCGUCGCCUCGGCCUUCAGUAUCUGCGCCUUAGUAUCUCCAUGGCGUCAACACCUAGUUCCUGGCAAAAGUCUCGACGAUGCUACCAUCGUUACGGACCCUGCUUGGCUUACCAGCGUAAAUGCCAUCCAACUGGCAAUGGCAUUGGUCUCCAACGCUUUUCUUUUGUUAAACAUGACUAAGAGAGUUCGAUUUAGUAUUGCACAACCCGUCACAAUCAUUGGAUGGUACAUUUCAGCUGUAUGUCUAUUAAGCCUCAAUGCCACCGCCGCCGGCCCUCUUGCCGACGGCCUCAAUCCUCCUCAGGACUAUGUCUGGUCACAAGCCUUCUACUAUGGCAUAUGGGCAGCCAUUCUCUACUUUAUCGUUGCAUCCUUAAUGGUCGUGACAUUUUGGGGAGCAUCGUCGGGCCAUUACGCUAAGGACUUCAAUUUAACCCCAAGCCAACGCACCCUCAUGCUACAGACCAUCCUAUUUUUAAUGUACCUUUUACUCGGAGCCCUUGUCUUUUCGAAGAUUGAAGGGUGGAAAUACCUGGACGCCGUGUACUGGGCCAACGUCACACUUUUUACCAUCGGUUUUGGAGAUUUUGCCGCGAGUACAACGUUGGGUAGAGCGCUGCUGAUCCCUUAUGCUCUUAUUGGGGUUAUCAGCCUCGGUCUCGUCAUUAGCUCCAUUCGAAGCAUGAUUCUCGAACGUGGACGACGUCGCUUGGAUGCUCGAAUGGAAGAGAAGAACCGACGAAGAAUUAUCCGGACCAUGACAAAACGUGGCCGCGAUGCCAUCUUGAGCCCAAUAGACGAUGACACAGUCUCAAACUGGGACGAAAACAACGCCGACUUGCCUCACAACGAAUUUGAACGUCGACGAACGGAAUUUUUGCUGAUGAGAAAGAUCCAGCAACGAGCAUCGAUCCGCAGGAAAUGGUUAGCCAUGGCCAUAUCUACCGGCGUAUGGGUUUUUCUGUGGCUGGUAGGAGCCGUCAUCUUUGUAAGCGCAGAAGAACCAUAUCAACAAUGGACCUACUUUGAUGGCUUUUACUUUUGCUUCGUCUCUCUGACUACUAUUGGUUACGGAGAUCGUACGCCGAGCUCCAAUGCCGGCAAGUCGUUUUUUGUUUUCUGGUCACUUUUGGCGCUGCCUACGAUGACGGUUCUUAUUUCCAAUGCCGGCGACACAGUAGUCAAGUUUGUCAAAGACGCAACACUUCGCAUUGGUAAUAUUACAAUUCUGCCCGGUGAAGAAGGCUUCACGGGUAAUGCAAAAUAUGUCGUGAAUCGAGUAUCGUUUGGCCGCCUCUUCCGCAGUGCAACGACUACGAUUCGGGAGUACGAAAGGGAGAAGAGAAUGCACAAACGAGCAGAAGACAUGACAGGCUUCGAUAUCAAAGACGUUAAGGACACGGAAAAGCAACAGAAUGGAUCCUCUAGUAGCACUGGAUCGGCCGCUCACGCACACCAAGCAGAUGACGAGGAGCGUCAAGGAAAACACAAGCUUUGCCAAAAUCUCAAAAUUCCACCCAGUCGGCCCUCAUUAUCAGAAGUGCAAGAUUGCCUCGAUGACCUCCCUACUGGCACAGACCUACACCUACUACUUGUCAAAGAAAUUCAGAACGUGAGCCAACAUCUUAGAGGGCCUGAGCCACGGCGAUAUACGUUUGAAGAGUGGGCAUGGUAUCUCGCCCUGAUAGGAGAGGAUGAGCGAGAUCCAUUGAAUCACCGGAAAGUGGUUCCUAAGAUGAGGCACAAACGGCACAGAAAGCAUAAACAUAAACACCACAAUCACAAUCACAAUCAUGGCAAGGAUGUUGAAGUCCAUGAUCCCCCACAAGAUGUACAACAAGAUCGAAAUGACGAGACCAUUGAAGCCCCGCGACCAUCCAUGGAGGCACGGCCAUCCGAAAAUGCCCUUGCGGAGUCGCGGCUCACAUGGUCGUGGGUAGGCAAUCGCAGUCCCCUGAUGGGUGGACAGGAAGAAAGCGAAUGGAUUCUUGACAAAUUGAUGGAAAGACUCCAGGAGUCACUUUGGGAAACCAAGGUUGACGAGGACGACGCAGAGUCGCCCUGA